UUCCAUGACAGUACAAUCAGCUGUGAAUGCUCCACUUUGGAGUGGAAGCAGGCAGAAGAUGGGAGGGGCACUCGUCUGCAUGCACACACACACACACACACACACACACACACUUGAUAGUGAGCUUGGGAUGCUGCCGUCUCCUCAGCAGCUGGAUGAGAGCUACUACUGGGAGUGUUCUGACUGUGGAUCACGCGUUGCCUCAGUGGCACCAGCAGCACUGAUUCAGCACUAAUGAUAUCAGCACUAAUGAUAUCAGCACAGGGACACAGGCACAAACGCAUGUGAUGGUGGACAUAGUGGACAGCCUUUAGGGGUUUGCCCCCAAACAUGGGGAACAGCGUCCAGAAGAGGAAGAAGGUGGAGACGGAUAAACCAAAAGGCUUCUGGCUGAUUGGACACUCUGACAAGCUGAAGACAGCUUGCACCAAGGCCAAUGACGAGCAGAAGAAGCUGUCGGUCCACUACUCGGCUUCACAACACUUCCAGGAGAACGUGUUCGUUGAGGGCAGCAGGCCCCAGUACUUGGAGGACCUCCACUCGGAGGCUCAGGAGGGCUUGAAGAUACAACAGAAGGAAGAACACGAGAUUGGAGGGAACUUUGCAGAAGAUGAAAGCAGUGCUUCGUCAGACACUGCACAACCAGAACAGGAUCUUAACUCUAAGAAUGUGGGGGGCUCACCGGAGUGGAAAUCCAACUCAGGGAUUACAGAUACCUCAAGAACAUGUGCUGUGCCGACUAGACCCGGGCUCACUCGCCAAGGUUCGACAUUCAAGCCUUUGUAUCCAGUGAAAAGGUUAGAUAAGAGCAAGAAGAGGAACAGGAGGACAACCAUCAUGGGUAUUCCCAACCAGGUUCAGAAAGAACUUGCAUUGCACAGAGGUUCCGCCUUCCAGCAGAUUGUUGCUACCAAUAACAACCACCAAUCAGGUGUUUUUAUCAUUCCAACUGCUGAAGAAGGGACUCCAGAAGGGACCAAUGAGGGAGCGAGGGUGCACCUUUCAGAGCUGGAGCAGGUAAAUCGUGAUAAGCAGCAAAUGAGGAAGCAUCUCCAGGAAGUGUACAAGGAUGAGGAUCCCUCACAACGUCGAGUAUUUGAAUCCCAAUGCUACCGCUCGUCUGUCCUCAGACCCAUGUCUGUUGCGGUUCCUGGCAUGACCACCUUCACUUCCUUUAAUCCGUCAAUGAGUAGCUUCCUCUUGGAGUCCCAGGGUCCAGUGAUGUCCAUAUCUCCCCAGGCUACUUAUCUAUCUACAAUCAUCCCAAAUGCGGUGUUGCCUGCCUCGAUUGAAGUGAUCGAGAUAGACCGCAGCAGCCAAACAAGAGGCGGUGGUGUCAACAACAGCAAAAGUAGCCUAGCAUCCUUAGACUCAUCGGUCAGUCCUUUGCUUUCUAGAAGAUCAGAUGGUUCUCCCAAAAACAAUUCUUACAACUCUACAACGGCGGUAUGUAACUCACAGGAAGUGGAUGUCAAAGAGCAGGAGAGUCCAAUGGAUUCGACAGGGGACCAAGAACUUACCAGCGUUCACCACUCAGUCGAUGUCAUUAGCGGAAACAGGGAAACAAACAAUGACCCACAGACUAAGAAUGAUACAAAGAUUAAACGCAGUUCCACUCGAAGUCUUUCCAUCAUCAAGACUAAGCAACCUCCAGCACCUCCACAAAGAUCCAACUCCCUUCAUUCCAAUAAGAUCAGAACCGAUACAAAGACUCAGGCGGAUAACAAAGACGCCACUGCUUCAAAAGAUCAAAUCAAAUCAGAAACCAACAAAAUCCCAAACCUUGUAUCAAAUAGUCCUUCAACCCCCCCAGAUACUUUGUCAGAAAUCAACCCAUCCUCCCCACAGAAGACUCCAUCAGAAAGUGAGAAAUUUGAACGUACCAUGUCACCUUCCAGUGGAUACUCCAGUCAGAGUGGCACCCCCACCCUGUCCCCCAAGGAGAUCACCCCAAACUCUCCAGAUACACUCAAGAAGAAACCAGUUAAACCCGAGAGAGCCACGUCCCGAGCUUCAUCCUCAGCUUCUCCUUCCUCGUCGCUUACCUCUUUAUCGUCUGGUACAUCAGAACACAUCAACUCGGAUGUUUCUGCCAAAGAACCCAGUCCGAAUUUGAGAAGCGAUGUCAGAGAGCUGUUAAAUGUCCCGCCACCUCCAAAAGUCAAAGCACCGUGUCCUCCUCCCCCUGAGACGUGGGCUCAGAACAGUCGAACCGUUGAGCUCCUGUGUGGUCCCAGUCCUAAAGUUAGCCGAGUAUUGAAGGAAUCAACACCGAUGCAGGAAAGCACGGUAAAACAUGAAGACAGUCUAACAAAAAGUGAAGAUCUACAGUUCUUUGAAUCAUCGGAAGGAAAUAGGGAAGUUGAGAAGAUCCUUCCUGGGGAUGCCCUUUUGGAUCAAAACUGUCCAGUUACAGAAGAAGAGACAAAUGUAGCCGAGGAACAAGAUGAAACAAUAGCAGAAGUACCAAGUCAAGAGAGUUGGAGUCCCACAGUGAAGGACUCUGGCAGUUCCACAGAGAUGGAACCACCACCUGCGAUGAAGACACCACAGACAGAUGAUGUGGUGUCGACAGAGUCUACACCAGAUACCUCAGUUGAUGAGACUGAGGUGGGCUCAAGUGAAUUCGCAGUGACUUCUAUAGAUUCUCAAGGGACUCAUGAGGUAUCACCACCACCUUCUCCUCCACCUGAUCAUCAGCCCACACCUCCUCUUUUGAGGAAGUCACCUCCCAUCUCCGUUGAUUUAGACAGAGCCCACACCAUGGAAUCUUCUUGGCCACCUCCUCCGCCUCCUUUAGAGGGAGAUGCCAUCUUUGAUGGGGGGGAUGAGCUGGACUUCCCUCUUCCGCCUCCGCCUGAUGUGGUGGACAGUGUUUCAGCAGUGAUGGAGAGGCCUAUGAUAGAGAUGGUUGCUCCAAUGGACGCACUGAUUCCGGCUGUGGAGGAAUCUGAGGAAUUGAUUCAGGACCCAAGUGAAGGAGCACCGUCUGAACCACCAAAUCUAGUCCUGCACCCGGUUGUAGUUUGUGACAAGAAAGAUGCAGACACUCGUUCAUCUUGCCUACCAUCUUCAUCCAUUACUCCGUCAUCUGCAUUAGCUUCUUCCAGCAGUUUCCUCAAGCGUCACUCUCUUGAUUUUGAAAUUCACUCAACUACUGAACCUUCCAUUACUACCCGACUGCCUUCUCCGGUUCCAUCCCCUUCACCAAUGGAGAACUUUACUGCUGGGGUUGCUUUCCGAAGACCACCCAGUACUGCACACAGAGACAACAGAAGCAAGGAGCUUCUCGCUCGCCACAAAAGUGCACCCAUUCCCAAAGAGGAUGCAAACAUACCACUUGUCACGCCCUCUUUACUUCAGAUGGUGCGGCUCAGAUCAGUCAGCACGACCGAGGAUAGUGAGGCAGCGCUCAUGGAGGACAAGUCAACAAACGAUGGAGUUGAAGACGUUUGCAGACUGCAAAGUACGCCACAAAAGCCCAUCCGUAAGUCAAUAAAAUCGCCCCCUCAAGCGGUGAAAACGUCUGCGACACCCAGCGCUCCUUCCAUGCGAUUACAAGAAGCCAUUCGUAUAAAAACCGCAGCCCUGUCAUCAAGAGAGGGUCUUCCAUGCCGGCUGGGGAUGAGAUCUUCGUAUCACUGUGCCAACGAACCAGGGAUUUUGUCCCUUCCAUCCUGUAAAACAUAUGACACGCAGAGGUUCCACCCUUCUACUGCUAGCUUCAUCUUCUCCAGGAGUACCAAAAGAGCUCCGGAAGACCAGUCACCGUUUUCUGACCAAACAAAUUGGAUGAGGUCUGACAGGGUUCCUCCGCCAGUCGCCAGGAAACCGCCUCACGGCAGCGUCCGUUUUUCACCGGAGCCCAACGUUGCCACUAGUGAUGCACAACAACAUUCCAAGGGAAUUGCACUACCAGAGACGACGACAAGAGUCACUGCAGACACCAUUGAAACACUGUUUUGAAAGCACUUUGUGGUAAAGUCGCCAAAAGAUGAGCCGCAGGAACAAACAAGAGCCUACAAGCAAGACUGCAAUCAAGGGCCGCCGUUUAAUGACACUCAAGAAUUCAAAAGCCUUAGCCUGUAAUGGCCUUCCAAAUGUAUUUAUGCAAAUCAGUAGCUCACACUUUCUUAUGAUAAGCUUUAUUCUGGAGUAUUUUUCUAAGCAUCUAUCCGACUAUACGCCCCUCAGGAUGAACUGGUGUACAUAUGGGCUGUAAAUAUUGUUUAAGGGUGCCCCCCGGAGGUAGGUAGCAGUCACGUCAGUGUUCCUGUACAGAGAUUUAGACGCAAAGGAUCUGCUAACACUAACAAAUGUCACUGCGUGGAGGUCCUUGUGUUUGGGUUUUCAUCGAAGACAAAGGGAAAGAAGAAGUUGUGUUAUUUAGUAGAGAAGCACUUUUGUAAAGGUACAGAUGAUCAACUAUGAAGAUGCUUUUAUCAUAUCACCAUCAUAUGUCUUCUGGGUGUAAUAAAAAGACACAAUUUGAGAUACAUUUAUGCAAAGCAAUUCUAUUUAUUUAUGUAUGAUGAUGAGUACUAGAUAGAACUGGACCACAGUCACAAGACAGACUUCUUCGAUCAAAUGUUUUUUUGUUGUUGUGUGAUCAUGAUAAUAAAUCCCCUUAGAUUGAUUGAUGUGUAAUGCAACUGAAUAGAAUAUAGAUUAUUUUAAAUACAGACCUACCUAGUAACCGUCAUCUACUGGCAAACGACAUGAGGUGUAUAGUGUGUUAAUGAGCAUGUACGUUCCCACCAUUAUUCAACGAGUCCAUGCUUUUUUUUUUCCCCCCUUCUAAAGCUCGCAUCAUUAAAAGGCUUUCGGCAUCCGUGUCCCAUCGUGCUCCAAGUAACCAUCCCGGAUGACUGUUGUUCCCAUGGCAACUUGUUGAUCAGUGUACUCUUGUAAUGUGGCUGACAGGUGAAGGUGAGUACCUAACUGAUGUUGCCUCCUUUCAGAGUCUUACACGUGAUCUGUCCCAGUUUGGUCAUCAGUGGUUUGUCUUUCCACUGAGCUGCACGCUCGUCUGAGACCUUCAGGUCCACCUAGGAAAGAAUAUAGUAACAUAAUUAAAACCGGAUUUUCCAGAUGCCAUACAAUCAGAAGCCAUACUUGUAGUUUCUCCCACACUUUCUUCUUUGGGUUGAGUCUGUCCUCCGGUUUGCCCGCCUCGUAUCCUUCCACAAAGACCCGCUCCCCCGGUGAUGAACCCUCAGGAGGGUCUAGUGGCUCCACUCUCCUGGGCUCUCCUUCGCUACAAAACGACAGCAAAAGGUGAGCGGGACAAUGACGCAAGAAGGCGACAAGCAGAAAGAAGCAUCACACACAUGGAGGCGCA